GGCGGCCAUGGGAGGAGGCGGCGGAGGCGGCGGCCGCUGAGCCCCGCGCCCCGGCGCGCAGGGGCAGCGCGGAGGGGGCUGCCGGCUCCCGCGAGCGAAGAUACAUCCAUACGGCAUGCCCUUCUUGGCAUCAAAGGCACACUGCUGGUUCAUGGCCAACCUGUUAUCCAGCGGAGUACCCAGGUUCUUCUCCACAGAGCUCCUUCCUGCAGGUCCCAGUGAGAUUCAUCCCAGAGUCCUGAGGGAAUUGGUUGACAUAGUUGCCAAGCCACUCUCAAUGAUACUUGAAAAGUUGUGGUGGUGAGGUAAAGUCCCUGGUGACUGGAAAAAAGGCAAUCUAGCACCCAUUUUUAUCAAAGGCAGAAAGGAUGACCCAGGGAACUACUGAUCUGUCAGUCUCACUGAGUGUGGGGGAAAAUCUUGGUGCAAAUCCUUCUGGAAGCUAUGCUAAGCCAUACAGAAGAGGGAAGUGAUAAGGAAUAACCCAGCGUAGCUUCACCAAGGGCAGAUCGCACCUGACCAACCUUGUCACUUUUUAUGAUGUUGUAACUGCAGUAGUAGACAAAGAAAGAGCUGCUGAUGCCAUCUACUUGGACUUAGUAAGGUGUUUGACAUGGACCCCCACAGCAUCCUUCUCUCUAAAUUGGAAAGAUAUGGAUUUUAUGGGUGGACUGUUCAGUGGAGGAGGAACUGAUCAUGAGAUUAUACCCAGAGAGUAGUGGUCAGUGGCUCCGUGUCUAGAUAGAGAUCAGUGAUGGGUGGUGUCCUCCAGGGGUCAGCACUGGAACUGGUGCUCUUUCACAUCAGUGACAUCAACAGUUGGAUUGAAUGCACCCACAGCAAGUUUGCAGAUGAUGCCAAGCUGUGUGGUUCAUUUGACACACCCGAGGGGUGGCAUGCCAUCCAAAGGGAUCUAGACAGACUGAGCAGUGGGCACAGAUGAACCUUCUAAAGUUCAGUAAAUCAAAGUGUAAGGCCUUGCACCUGGAUUGUGACAACCUCUGCUAUCAGUACAAGCUGGGGGAUGUAAGGAUGGAGAACAACCCUGCCAAAAAAGACCUGGGAGUACUGGUGGAUGGCAAGCUGGACAUGAGUCAGCAGUGCACCUUUGGAGCCCAGAAGGCCAGCCGUAUCCUGAGCUGCAUCAAAAGAAGGGUGGUCAGCAGGCUGGAGGAGGUGAUCCUGCCCCUCUCUCUACUCUACACUGCUGAGACCUCACCUGGAGUACUGCAUUCAGAUGUGGAGUCCUUAGUACAGGAGAGGUAUUGACCUGUUAGAGUGCAUCCAGAGGAGGGCCGCAAAAGUGAUCCAAGUUAUGGAAUGCCUCCCCUGCGAGGACAGGCUGAAAUAGCUGGGGCUCUGGGGAGACCUGAGAGUGGUCUUUCAGUAUCUAAAGAGGGGAGUAUAAGAAAGAAGGGGACAGACUCUUUUGCAGGGUCUUUUUGUGAUAGGGUAAGGGGAAAUUAUUUCAAACUAGAAGGGGGGUGAUUUAAAUUGGAUGUAAAGAAGAACUUUUUUACAGUGGUGGUGAUGAGGCACUGGAACAGGUUGCCCAGAAAUGUGGUGGGUGCCCCAUCCCUGGAGACAUUCAAGAUUAGACUGGAUGGGGCUCUGAGCACCCUGAUCUAGCUGUGGAUGUCCCUGUUUGUUGCAGAGGAAUUGGACUAGAUGACCUCUAAAGGACCCUUUCAACUCAAAAGAUUCUAUAAUUUUUAUGAUUUUGGUGUUAAUCCUUCAAAGGAGUAGUGGAAACACAUGGAGGUUAUUUAAUGCAGUCAAUUGUUUUACAGCUUAAUUUCUUCAGUUAGGCAAGUAAAUGUAUAUUGGAUACUUGAUUGGUCUGAUAUGAAUAUCUGCAAAUACCAUAUGUUUUCUCAAAAUGUUAAGCAUCAUUAGGCCAGGACUUUAGUUGCUGAAGUUUGCUCAUGUGAUAAAAUAUUUAGUAUCUUCACUAAAUAACUGAAUUAUUAGCCUUCUCUGAAGCUACCAAUCUACUUCGAUAGCCUUAAGAUUCAGCCAUGUGAGUUUAAUACUUGAUCAUCUAUAGUAUCUGCAGAAUUUCCCUGAUGUGUGCUAUCUGCUGAGAUAAACAGGAGCAAAGAUUGUUGCCUCAGGUGACAAAAAUUUAUCACUAAUGCAGUAUCAUUGCCAGAGCUAGCAGUUCACUUAUCUGUGCCAGAGAAAUAUAAAGCUACCUGCCUGCGAGACUGGCGGGCUGCCUUUUUGAUUGCACUCUGGGUCAGCAGGAUAGUUUACAAUGUACAACAAAACUAAUGCAAUCACAUGUGACUGCUCGCACGCUGGUUACUUGUGUUUUUAAUACAUGUAUGACUGCUGAAAUCUGAUGUUCCAUGACUGCCUGUUUGUGCUUUGCUAAAAUAGCUGAAGGAAAAUAUUUUCCUGAAAUGUCAGACUUUAAGGAAGUUUUGAAUGUAGCCUGAUAAGAUUGGUGACAGAAUGGACCAUGGAAGAAAUCCUUGAACAUUGAGUUGAGAGUGAAAAUAAUUAGUCUUUUCAGUGCAGUGAAGUAUAGAAGCUUUUCAUUACAUACUUACCGCUGACUGAAUGAGGUAAAGUAGUAAUUUUGGAAAAACAGAGAUUCCAAGAAAUCAAGACAGUUUAUAAUUUUAAGUUGGAUUAAGCUAGUAGCUUCAUUUCUUAAAAGUAGCUCAAUCGUUUUAGAUAAAAUUUGCAGUCUGAAAUGUUUUUCUGACAGAGCUUAUUGAAAAAACAGGAGUAAACAGCUAAAAAGAAGUAAUUUCUAGUAGGGUUAUGUAAUGAGUUCAAAUAUUUUCACAUGUAUUCAAAUAAAUGAAAAAUGCAUUUUAUUUUGUUUUUCAUAAAAUGUUACAAUUAACUAGAAAUAAAAAAAAAAUCAGUUGCCUAUUAAAUGAAUUUCUGUAUGAAUUGAACUAGCUGAGUUUUUUCAUCAUGCCAAAAGGAUCUUUGUUGAAGAGUUUUUGCUGCUGUGCUGACUGCUGCCAAUUCUUUUUUAUAGAGCAGUCAGUGUUUUUAUGGUGCAUAUGAAAAUGGUAAGAUUAAAUGAAUAUUUACCAAUGCCAGAUUCUUAUUAUGCAAAAUAAUAAUGUCAGAUAAAGGGUUGUGGUGGCUAUAAUGUGCUGUUAAUGAAGUGGUAGGCACUGAGUGACGCUCUUUGUAUCUCUUUCUUCCUCCAUUCUUCCUCUUCGUGUUCAAGGAACAUUUAGGUGUAUUGAGGAACAUGCUCUAGUGAGAGCUAUUGAUGAUAGGUGGACGGUUGGACUGGAUGAUCUUGUAGGUCUUUUCCAGCUUUGGUGACUCUGUGACUCUAUGGUUAGUGGGCAUGGUGGGGAUGGGUUGGUGGUUGGACUACAUGAUCUCUGUGGUCUUUUCCAGCCUUAACAAUUCUAUGAUUCUCUGAUUCCUCAGAUCCCCCCCCACAUCUCACUUCUCUCAUAAGCUAAGUACCAACCUUUACACCUUUCUCUGUUGGUCAGGUUUUUGAACUUGGUGGCUGUAAUUCUCCGCACUCCUUGGUUUUCCAGUGACCUCUGCAAGGAGCAGCUGCCCAGAGGUGACUUGGCGUUCAUAGCACCCAACAGUGGAACAAUCAGUCUCCCGUCGCACGUAUGCUGCUCCCAUUAGCACACUGCAGUUAUAAGUGGUUUACGGGCUGGUUCAGUGCCUUUGAGAUAAGACCACAUUGUUGGCUCGCACUCAGUCUGUGUUUUACUCCAAACUUCUCUUCCACUGUAGGGUACUUUUUUUCUUUUUUUUUUAAGCAUUGGUUAGUGGUAGCAUGCUACAUGCUAGCAUUUAAUCUUGUACAACAAUGAUGAAUCAUGGGAAUUCCCCAGAUGUAAUCACUUACACUCCUGUGAUUUAAGGCCUCUUACUCUUUGUUUUUUCUUUCCUUACCGUGCCCCCAAACAAAUGUGUUUUAGAACAAGCUUCAGCAUGUAAAAUGAUGUAGUCAGGUAGACAAAUUCCAUCUCUUUAUUUCCACAGAAGGGUAGUGAGAACAGAUUUUGUUGAGGAUCUGGAGAGGUUUCACCUGCUGCAUUAGCAUGACACUGGAGUUCUGCCUCUGUCACUGUCCUGUGUCAGAGCAAAGUCCUGUUUGCUUUGUGGUCAGUAAAGAUCCACACACUGCUUUUUUUGUUUGUUUGUUUUUUGUUUUCAUAGUUUAAGGUGAUAACUUAAGGCCAGACAUCUUCUGACUGUACAGAUUCUCCUCUGGCCCUAACUGUUACUUACGAAGCUUUUCAAAUACAACUACUAAACUGGCCCGCAAUUUUCUUCAGCUGCAUGUUGAUAUUUUCUAAGAGAUUUUGCUCUCCCUGAGGUUUAUUGCAAAAUGAAAAUGUUCUCUUUGUCUCUGGCGUGACUUCAGGUUUGUAAACUUUGUUAACUAAAGAAAUAUUGAGUUCAAAUUCCAAAAUACUUGGAAUCCGGUUGUUGACUUUUGGGUACAUAGGGCCAUUGCUCUCACUCAGCACAGUUUUGCCCUUAAACUUCCGGAUGAUCCCUGUACACAUUUUCUUGUUUAUUCCCUUUCUGUCAGAGUGCUCCUUCCUGGAAAUCCCAGUGUGAGCAGUUUCUAAACUGUGCUGAGGGUGAUCGUUUGCUUUUGCUGUAAGAGUGCUUGAUGAGAUGGAUUGUAGACAUCUUGCAUGUUACUGUUUUUUUCUUCUUUUUUAGCAAUACAGAUAGGAAUAUUGGGGUUAUCAUAAAGGAUGAGUGCAUGGGGUGCAUACCUAGAGAAGGAGGUUAGCAGGUAGGAAGUGGUAAUGGGGUUUAGCAAGUAAUUUCUUCCUGUAGGGCAAGUAGAAAGGGGUGGUGAUUGGGAGAGGCUGUAUCAGAUUGCUCACCAGUGUUGAACUUCUGACCUUCCUCAUUAUCCUUGGUGCAGUUUACCCCUCUGCCUUCCAACCUGUCUCCUGCUGGACAUCACCUCUUCUUUCAUCCCUUAAAGUUGGCCUUGACUGUGCAUGUGCUGAAAGGUGAUCUCAUACUGAGCAGCCUGGUUCUUUGUUUUGGCUGAAUUCCCAAUCCAGGUGCUGGAUUAUUUUAUCUUUUUCAAUUGUUAUUUUCUUAACUUUGGUGAUGGGAAGGUCAGAAGGCAGUGCCAGAUUAUACGGGGUGUUUUAUGGAGACUUUGAAGGUGGAGCUGCGCUGUCUUCAGGAAUAAUGCUUUGUUUGUACAGUGUGAAUCAAUUUGCAUUCCAUUUUCACUGUAACAGCUCAGAUACAAUUACUCCAUGCCAUGGGCUACUUUGAUGAGUACUGUAUGUUCAAUUGAACUUUUUAACCUCCUAAAUGAAUCACAGAGAGAAAGUUAAUGCUAUUUAUAUUUCAUUAAACAUUUGCAAACUGGGCAGGAGUUGAGAAUGUACACAAAAGUGAUUCUACCCCUUAUGUUCAAGCUAAUCAAGGGAAGCCUGGUGUCUUCUUGAUAGAUAAUUAUGAGCUUCUGAUGUAGUCAACUGACUGCAGUAACGGGUCUGCUUUCUAAAACAGACACUGUCUACUUGCAUAUUGUGAAAUUCAGUAAUGUUAAGGGUUUCUUACUGUGGGAAUAGCCUCCUCUCCUUGAGUGGUCCUGCUUAAUUCUUGAUAGUUCAUAAGGGGAGCUGAGAAGAGAUGAAAAGAGAUGUGGUAAGGCUCACUCUGUUUUACCCAUUGUAUUCUUCCAUGUCUAUUUAGCCCAUUUACAAGCAUUUGAUCUUACAUGUGGUUCUAUAAUAUGCUUGAAAGCAUUUCAUGUUUAAAGAGCUGCAGCAAGCCUGUAUCUUACUUCUAAAGCAGGUUUAUAGUCUUCCGUACUACCUAUGAGAUAUCACAAAUCCUAAAGGUUGAGGACUCAGAAAAAUAAGAAAGCUCAUUUUUAAACACAGUGUUAAACCAACCUCAUGAAUUUUGAAUGCCUGUGGUUUGCUUGGCAAAUCCAAUAAUUUUCUAAAGCAAUCUCAUUCACUGCGUUUGGUGUAUGAAGGCCUUAGAAACUUAAACAAAGAAAGUAAAAAUGGUGUCUUUCUCUAUGUCUUCCUUUUCUACCUGAGAGCAAAAUGAUUUACAAAUACUGAAGUCUAUAUUAGUUAUUUUCUAUAUGUGGGUGCUACGGAGGCUACUGCAGUUCCAUGCAUAAUCCACAGUCAGAGCCUUUGGUGUGGUUUGAGAAUUCAUCCAUCUCUCUAAACAGGGUUCAUUUCACGUCUGGGCAGUAAUAACGAAGGAAAGCUUCAAGGCAUAUUUGAGCAUGUUGUCGGGAAUGAUUCAAGUGCAGGGAAGGGACAGGAAGUUCUUAGUAGUAAAACUGCUGUGUAGGACUGAGUCAUACUUGUUUAUAUAUUAAAAAAAAAAAACAGUUUUUUUAAAAUAAGCAUUGGUUUUAUUUGCUUUCUGGAAUUUUCUCAGUUCAACUGUUGUUUCAGAAGAAAGUCUGCUCAAACCUUACUAAAGUACAGAAAUUUCAGAGUUAAGCUACUUUUAUAAGUGAAGAAAUCAUCUUGUGCUCUGUUUCAAGGUUUCUUUAAGCAACAAUUAAAUCAUCCAACUCUCAAGGCCACUUAUGGUUGGGAGAGAUGUGGAUACUGAGCUGGAAAGCAGUUUUGUCCUUUGUAGUAUGUAGACACCUUCAGGGUAGCAAUAAUGGUCUCUGUUAAAAAAUAAAUACAAUUAUGCUUAAUUGAUUGCCGUAGAGUUUCUGUUCCGUUUUUAAUUUUAGUACCAAAGCUGUUUUUUUUCCUUAAAGAGAUUGAUAUUUUCAUUUGCAAGCUUUUUUGUGUCUAAGUGCAAAUAGUGACAACACUCCGAAGCUGUCUCAUCUCAUGGGUAAUGGAGCGGUACUGUUUAUCUCCUUGUCAUGUAUGACUCAUAUUAUUGCACCUCCAAACAAAUCUAUUGUGUCUUUAUUACCUAAAAUAUAAUGCACAGAACAUGUCGGCAUUGGUAGCUAAUAAGGUCUCUUUAUGGGUUUGAGUUGAAUGUCCCUCCAGUGAAAAUGCUUUUGUGUUUGUGUAACUUGUAGGUUUUAUAAUCAAGAGAAACCUUUCAAAAAGUACAGCUGACCUAGUAAGUUUAUGUUUGUAUUCUACUGCAAGAGGCACUGCAAGCAGAGGAAGAAGUUACUGACUUAUCAGAAAUACCCACCCUGUUUCCUAUGUUUGAUUAUUUCCCUUGUCAACUGAUCAAUGCCUGUCUGAGUAGGGCUGAGGAUAUGAUAGUGUUCUCAGGAGCCAAAAUGUUUUGCCCUUUUUAACUUCCUUCUCUUUCCCCAUUACUGGUUGCCAACUUUAACAUGCUAAAAGCUAGCCAUGUUUAAUAACUGAGGAGAGUGUUUGUCUAGUUUAUGCUAAUGCUUCACUUAUGAUAUACUGCCUUUUUGGAGGAAAAAAAGAAUAAAAUGAACAAGCAGUAUUUUGUCUCAUUUCCGAAAUUGUUAGCGUGAAUACAUAUGUCCCACGCUACAUGAUGACAGUGAACUCCCUGGAAAUAUUAGAGUUGUUCUCCAUUAAGAAAUGUGCCGCGCUACACUUAAUGAAGCAGCACUUAGCUUUGCUGACGUCACGCUGGAGCAGUACAGAGGUUCUUUUAACACACAAGUGAAUUCUCAGAACUCUUGCUUUGUAAAUAAAGUCUGUUCACAGAGAGUCCUAAUUGAUAGUGACAGUUAAUGUAAUACCUGCUGUCUAGGCCAGGCUUUUGCUAAAAGAGUUCUUUGAAACUUAUUUAUUGAUUGCUGCAAUCAGUUUAGUCCCCCCUCCCCGAAAAAAACAACAAACAACCAUUAAUUUGGCCUCCAUUUUCUGAUAUUUUUUUUUGCUUUUAUUGAUGGGAUGAGUGAUAUGAAGGUCUCAGAGACCUUACCUACCUUUUUGUUUGUAAAGCGUGCGGUAAAUUUCAUUUUACAUGUGAUUACGGCCUCAGGAAUUACUGUUAUUGGAUAUUAAAUAAAUGUCAUUUUCUGUAACAGUUGACCUAUGACUGACCAAAAACAGAGAUGCUGGACUUGCUGAACUCUCCAUAUUGUCAGUUCCUUAAAAACUAAUUCUUGGUCAUCUGCCUGUACUAAGAAUAAGGCUUAGUUACAAGGCUGAUAUUUCUCUCUCCAAAAGAAAAAUAUGUUAAUGCAGUAGAGGGGAGCAUUCUCCUCUUGCUUUAAGAGUCAUUAGUACUUUGCGGGGUGCUUGUAUGGAGAUUGAGUCAUGAGUCCUAGCUCCAUGGUGCUUAUCUGCUGCUGUGUACAGAAGCGAUGGCAGUCAUGCUUUGACCCUUCCUGCCUGUAGCAUUCCUUUAAGAGUCAGAAUACUGAUUUGAUUGCCAUUAUGAGAGAAUGGUUAAUGUUUGACUUAUAUCCAUCGCAUGUUUUCUUGUUCCCUCUCUCUCAUACAUUGUGAUUGUUUGAUUCCGGGUACUGUAUUACUUAUCUGUUGGGAAGUAAAAAGCUCUCAGAGGGAAACCUCUUCUUAUUUUCAUUUUGUGCAUGACUGAGAAAAUAAUUAAUUGUUGAUUAUUAGUAAAGAUUUAGUUACAAAUUAAUUAUUAUUCUUUAUUGUCUAGAGUUGUUUGCUUUGUGGUUCUGUUUGUUCUUUAGUGUCACUUUUACUAUGCAUGGCAGUGUUUCUUCUGUAAUACAUCAAUGGGAGAAAAAUACACUAUGAAAAAGUAUCUCUAAAAUUGAAUGGAAGAUUUUAGUUGGGAUAUUAGUGAAACAAAGUUUAAGCAACAGUUUCCAGUGAACUACAUCUCGAUUUUACUGUGUCCCUUUAGACAUGGGUGCCCUUAUUCACCCUGUGCAUCCCUGCAUAAUUUUGACAUGACAGCUGUACUCUGAACCUUUUGUUACAGGUUUUUGUGAAGGAGUUGGAACAGUCUUCCAGUCCUUCAUCUUAAAAGGAAACUGGGUUAGAGUGGCUUAAAAUUUAAAGCUCAGCAUACACUUUGCUGGUGACUAAUCCAGAGAGUAGAGAGAGGAUGCAAUUGAAAAUGUUCUAAGGGACAAGGAAUCCAAUAAAGCAAUUCAGCCUGCAGCAGAUACAUCAAGAGCUAAGCAUUAGUGCAAUAAGGUAUAGAAGCUGUGUCCUGGUGUAGACAGUCAUAAAACAGAACAAAUAACACAACUCUCUUGUUUUGCCACAAGUCUGCAAAUAGUAUUGAAUAUUAAUCAUUUAUUGCCUUUUUAUUUUUACAAGGUAUUUAUUAGUCCCAGGUGAGAAAUGUGACUAAUGAAGGAAAAAAAAAAACAAAAAACACCAUUUUGGGAAAAAUACUUCAAAUGUAACACAAAAUGAAAAAUAUUUUGUACAAAUUUCAACCUAUAGCAUGCUAAUGAUCCGAGAACUUACAGAUUUUAUAAACUGUUAAAAAGCCUGUGGUUUUCUUUUUCAUUCUCAAAAUGUUGAGUUCUCCAGAUUUUCACAGAUUCUGUGUCCUAUUAUGGACCUCUGUGGUUUUGAUCUUGGUACAGUUUCCAUUUGAGACUUUAUCUCAGCUUGAAAGCACCAGUUUUAAAAGCUGAUGUAGAAACCUGCAUUUUUCUUGAGAUAUUAAAAAUUAUGAUUGUCAUUUCCUUACUGCCUCACCUCAUAACAGCGUAUGAUUGUGCUGAUGUUUAGCAGGGCCAGCCAUGAACUGCAAACCCACAUCGUAACUGGACAGGAGUAUAUCCAACAACAAUUCUCUGAACGCUGACUCUUCAUCUUCAUUUCAAUGCCUACCAUUUAAUACUGAGAUUUUUUCUCUACAAAACUUUUCUGAAUUGUCUGUCACCCGUCAUUCAAUUUUUGGGGGAAUCUGGGAGGGAGACAGGGGUGGUAAUGCUGAUUUGUACCUGCUGUUCUCACCAGAUCAGCACUGCCAUAGUAUUGAAAUGGGGGGUUAUAAUUAGCAGCUAAGUAACUGGAGUACAGUUGGCCUAAUGCUCUCACUAAUACUGUGUGUAGCUCUGCUUGCUCUGAGAACGUAAUCCAUGUGACACCUGGACCCAACAAAAUUGUUGAAUUCAUCUUCAAGAAGAAUGUUUUUUUCUAUUCCAUGACCUAUAAUUUGGCUUCUGAAGUGUUUUGCCCUGACCUGGCCCUGGAAGUUGGCUGUGGCUGAUCAGUGCUGUGUAAGGUCUGCUAUAACGUCAUCUGGGUGACUGAUGUACCUUGCUCUCAUGUGCUUAGUGUUACAGUUAGAUUAAUGAGGGGGUUAUUUAAUUAAGAACAAGGACGUGGCUUCUGUAAUUGCAUCUAGGGAUCACCUGGGCAUUUUCAUCUAAUACCAAAUUUCAUAUCAUUUUUGCCAUAUUUUUGCAAUUCAAGGGCAUUGCCCUUGAUCUCAACUGUGCUAUUACUGUUGAUUAAGUUAAAAAUUCCAAGUCUGUAAAAUCCUGCCCAGGCUCCUUCAGUGUCAAUCUCGGGUGUCCUAUAGCCCAAACGUAUGUUUCUGUAAUACCGCAGUGUACUUCAGUGUACUUUUUACAAGUAUUUGCACAGGGCUUGUAAAGAGCGUAAUUAUGAUCCAACAAGUUCCCUUUCUUUAGUAGAAGUAGCUUAGAAACUUUAAUGAUUACCUGCAGUUUUGUAAUGUUAUACAACAAUUUCAUAAUUACGCUAAUCUACUGUUUCUAAUGGCUUUCCAAUAGAGACAUCUGCCAAGGCUUUUCUUCUUUUCUUAUCCUUAUUAUAUUGCAUAAUUGGCUUCUGGUAGUAUGAAAACACUAGAAAAUAUGUCUUAGUAAUAUAAUUAAUCCCUAAAUGUUACAGUUCACGUUUAUCAAGGUCUGUUUUUAUUAUUCACCAAUAAUAAUUACAUAUUAUUACAAUAAUAAAACAACAGUACUCCUUUGAAUUGCGUACUUGCUUUGGUGAUGUUUUUUAGUUUUGACACUCAAUGCAGUAAUGUGUUCAGAUUGGAAUGCAUAGUUCUUAAAUCACUUCAAUUUUAGUUUAUCAGCACUGUGUCAUUGGGCGAUAUUUACAUAUAGAAUUACAGAACAUAGCUGGACCCAAAAGCUUGUAAAUACAUUGCAACUUCCUUAGAUUUGUGGUGGUCCAACAUUCAUUAAGGAUAAAAUAGCACCAAAAUUGCAGAUAAAAUUUCCUUGUUUGGCUUUAAUGUUCCAGGAAUUCGGUAUGUGAGCUAUUAGGUCUAUAAUUGCUUAAAUUCAUAUGUACCAGUUAACAAUAAUGGAAGAGACUUGCAUAGCAUUUAUUUAGAAACUUUUAUUUACAUUGAACUUAACAGGAUGCUCCUUAAAAUGUAAGAGCUGCCUUAAGUGUGAGUUGUAUUCUGCAAACUUGAGUUUACAGAGGGAAAAUGGUUGGAAACAAGUUUUGGGAGCAUAUCUAUCAAAACUUCUUGGAAAACUAGGAAGAAAAUUUACUAGGACUCCUCUCUAUCCAAUUUAUGUGGGCCACUGCUAUGGAAGGUGAUAUACUGAUAUACUCGUGGUGUCCUCUCUGGCACGUGGUGCAGGUGCUGUCCUUGAGGGAAGAAGUAUCACCAUACCCUAUUGCAGUCUGUGCAGCUACCGAAUUUUGAUCCUAAGUGAUUUGGAGGAUGGAGCAAUUAGAAACUGUACUUCUUGGUCAGCUUCACAAGACCACCGUCUAUAGUAUGAUGAUACCUCUCUGGCUUUCGCUAAGCAAUUUCAUGUUUUACAAAAGAUAAAUAGGAGAUAUGAAAGCCUUGAAUAUAUCCAUGCUGAAGACCCAUCUUAAAGAGCAAUUCUUAGUUGAAAAAGAAAGGGCUUUUCUCUUUAUGUCUUUUGAAAUGUAAAUAAAUAGGUAAUUUGCUGUAAGCAGCAAACUUUUCUAAGACUGGCAUCUGGCAAGUAAUUCACUUUCAGAUAAGGAUUACAUACAUUAAAUGGACUAAAUAAAAUAAAGAUUUACGUUAAUAUAAUACAGGAUUAAAUUAAAAUACCAGAAUUGCUGAAUAUAAUCCUGAAAUACUAAUAUUUUUUUCAAGGAGCAGAAUACACCUGCAGGUAUCUGUGGCUGAUAUUAAACCAGAGGAUAAUCAUUUACGCAUCUGUGUAAUUCCUUUUGUAUGCUUUUAAGAUAUGUGAAAAAUAUGAUCUCUCUAAAGAAUAAACAGCGGGAUGUUUUUCAAGAUUUGGGCUAGAAAUAGCGAAUCAAUAAUUUUAAGUAUCAUUUUAGAAAACCACUGGUAGCUCUGUGAACGUGAAACCUGAGCCUCCAGAACCCUAAAUAUGGUCCUUUCUGGCUAUGACUUUGAGGAGUGAAAAGUACAGUAUGUAAUAAUACUCAGACAUUCUCCUCAAAACUACAUACUCUCACUUUUAGUUAAUUAUUGUCCUAAGAUGACUGUGGGUCCCUGAUACCCUCAGUCCUAUUUAAAUAAAAAUACUAUUGAUAUACAAAAAUUAGAAAAGACCAACCCAGCUCACACACAUUAUAUUUUGAUGCUGUUUCUUUUAAGCCACUGGAAAUUUAGACUUUCCCUUUAUCGUAAGCCUCUUUGACUUCAGCCUUCCACUUUUUUUUCAUUAAUAGAAAAACAAACUCCACUUUUAGAUAAGGGGACAGUGAUCUUCAACAACAGGAUAGCAUUAUCUCAGCGUCACUGAAGGUUCAUUGCAAUGAUAGGGUUGCUUAAAAAUCUAUUAAUGCAGAACGUAAUGUAAAAUUUGCACUCGUUCAUUACAUGAUUUGCUUCCAUGCAGAAUGUUCCAUCUGUGUCUCUGCUGACAAGUCCCAGAAGUCCCUGUGCAGACGAGUUCGAAUUAAUAGCACUUUAUGACUAGGGAUGUUUUUUUGUGGUCAUGCUGAUUGAUUUAAUUAUUAUUAUUAUUUUUUUUUAAAUCUGGAAUUACAGCAGUACACUCUGACCCCCUUCAAAGCACAGUUUAGAGGGCACAGUUUAGAGAAACUUAACCUCAGGAUCUUUGCAUUGUGAUUUGAUUUGUUGUAGCUACAGUGUUAUGUACCUUGCACGCAGAGUCAAACAACAAGCCUCAGCACACUUGGUCCAAACAGGACAGAUUAGACAUGGCAGUACAACGAGGAUGAGAAGCAGAUGUAUGGAGUGGUAACUCCAUAACAUGGAGUGGGUAUCAUACAACCAACCAGGGCAGAUUUAGUCCAUAGAAUACCGGAUGCUCAGUCUUAUGAAUAGUUAACAUGCUACAUCACUGCAGGCAAAGAAACAUUUUGGGUCUGAAAUGAAUUUGUGAUAAUAUGCUCACCACUCCUGGUACCCAAAUAAACUUUCUCAACAGCCAUGGCAAACUGUUGGUCUGUAUUGUUUACUUAUAACAUAAGUAAAGCAUAACAGUUUUAUUCUCUAACGUUACAGACUAUACCACUCCUAGACAGAAAAUUUUCCAAACAAGAAACAAGUGACUUUUGUUACUAUAAAUAUUGUUCUUGGGGUCAUAUUUCAUUUGCUUCCGUCUUGUAGUACUGGGAUUGGAUAUAGUUUCUGCUGUUGUGAAAAAUUUUUAUUUUUCUGUAAAAUAUCUUGUAUGCAUUUGACUAAUACAACUUAACCCGUGCUUCUGCUGAGGUUGGUGAAAUUACUCAGUUACUAAAGAGAGAAAUACAUUGAAAAUGUUUGCCAUCUGCAAACAGUGAUGGUAUACUUUGAGGUAGUGUGUCUUGCCUGCUUUGUGAGAUGGGAAUACCAUGAUUUGCCUCUGGUGCCUACAGAUGGGAGAUUCCUCCUUUUCAAACCUUAUGUGCCCAGUACUGAACUCUAGGAUGAAAACAGUUGUUUCCUGAGCCCUCCAAGUCAGCUCCUUCCAGGAGGUGUACUACAGCUGUUAUGUAAGCGGGUUUUUGAAGUGCUAUUUUCUCAAAGAAAAUGUGGGUAUGAAUUCUGUAUGGUUCUCAGCAAUCAGUCUACCGUGCAUUAGAUUCUUUUGUUAAACUGUAGUGAAAUGUGAGUAGUUGUUUUUUCUUAUUGUACCAGGAUCCUUGAAAUUUUAUUCAGUAACCGAAGUCACAUUGAAUAUUAAUGACUGGAAGCAGUCACAACUAUUGGAGAUCUGUGAACAUGUCUCAAACUCUACUGCUUGAUACCUUUACAUUUUUUUCAACACUGUAUUAACUGACAGUGGUAUUUAAUAUUUUCUGGUGCCAUAGUCCUUUUGGGAAAAAAAAUGGUGAGAAAUUUAUAAGACAUGGUUUUAAUGGCUAUGCCAUAAUUAUUGUGUUGUGUUUUUUUUAAUUUGUUGGAAAAUCACAUCACUCUCUUGUUCGGUUUUAAGUACCAUUAGGCAAAAUAGUGUUGUCCAGCAGCUAUCAUUUUUUUUAGUGCUAGCAUUUACAGGUAUUUCCAUUUUCUGUAGCUUUUUGUAGUCUUCCCAUAGUUGUGGCUACAGGUAAUUACAUACCAAUAUAAAUAGAGUCUGACUGCAAAACAAACCUUUUAUAAUAUAGCUUUGUAGCUAACACACUGCUAGACUGCUCACUUUAAGGUAUAUUGCAUAGCGAUCAUAGUUCAAAUGAAAAAAAAUGAUUAGGAAUGACAGACUUCUCAUUACUGUGAGGAUUAAAUUUGGGGUCAGUUUAAUCUGGGAAAGAAGAUGUGCUAAGUUAAUAGGUUCGAACCUAUCCGCAUUUUUUGUUUUACUUUUUUGAGAACAGAUAGCGUAUCAGAAAGACUGAUAUGGGCAAUAACCUUAGAUUGAGUAGAAGUUAAAACUUUUGUGUGCAUUUUCAUUUAUUAUGUCUUCUCUUUCAAUAAGGGUAGCAGCAAACCAAAAGUAUUGUUUAGGACUACUGAGUUCAAGGACUCAAAAAAUUAGCUCCAAAUCUGUUGCACUACUCCUGUUAUAAGACUCGAUAUUGCUCCUGUAAAACUUGCCAGAGUUUGUUAAUAUACACAGUAUGACAUUUAUUUCUAUAGCUAAUUUUCCUGCUUGAUUAAUAUAUAGAAAACUAAAAUGUAGCAGUAUUACAAGAAUCUAUGAGUAUUGAGGUAUGUUACGAGGUAUUCUUUGUAAAAAGAAGGUAUCUCGAUGCAUAAGAAGCAAGGGCUGUUUUAAAUCUAUUUUAUUACUUGUUCAUUCUGAUAGCUUCCUGAGUUACAGUUUGUACUUCUCUGGUUUUAUGAGAUAUUAUAAGCAUUUGUUGUAAGGGAAAAAAAAAAGCCAUAUGCAUCCAUGGCCAAGUGACCAUCUUGACAUUUCUUUCCCGAAGCAGAACUGUGAGAUGUAUGUUCAUCUUUUGAUAAGAAAAGUCAAAGCUUAUCUUCAUCAUCAUCUUUUUUUUUAACAGAAGCAUUAUUCUUUUCCCAUACUGACUUUGUUUAUUUAAACUUGACAUGCAUGCAAGUUGCUUAAGUUUUUAUAUAUUUAAACUUCAGAGAAAUUGAGGGAAGUAGUUUUCACUUCUUCAUACAUCAGUUGAAGACUGUGGUAGUAAAGCCGUUUGUAUGAUGAUGUUUAUCUCCAUUAUAAAUUCAAGUGAAUACAGAUCUACUCAUAUCACAUUUGUCCUAGAGCUUAGCUACAACACUGUCAGGUUUCUAGUGAAGUUAAGGUUGCAUUCAGUUUCUGUUGAUGCUUUGAAAGGUACAAGAGCACUUUAUUUUUUACAAAUCCUAGGUGGUUUGUAUUUUAGUAUAAACACUGUGCUGGUGCACUGUAUUGCUGAAAUUAUUUUGUGUGCACUUAAACUGCACACAUGGAGUUAGGAUGAUUUAGGAAGGCCAUUUCCAGAAAUAGCUUUCGAAGUCUGGCACAUUACAUCAAAUGUAAUCAUUUAAAGUUGAGGUUGUUUUUGUUUGUUUGUUUGUUUGUUUUGUUUCCUGUUCAUUAUUGUUUAUUCUUUGAUGAGCAGGACACUCUUCUAUGUAUCUUACGGGAUCAGCAUGAUAACAGGAUUCAUAUGAUCUGAUGUAUUGUGGCAGUCCCUAUAAGCAAAGACAAACUAAGGGGUAGUCUGAGGUACAAUUCAAGGAUGUUCCUAUUAUUGAAAUGUAAGAUGCUAAAAACACAUUAGCACAUACAAACUAUAGCUUGUUUAAGUGUCAAUUAGGGUUUUUCCAAUGGUAAGCAAGCACAGUAUUGCACAAGGGUGAGUUGACCUUUAUAUGGUAGAUGGAGGGAUGAGGAAGGGUUUCUCUUAUCUUUAUUGUCCUCACAGGUUACUGUUUUAUAAGUGCUGUUUAAGUUCAUAUUCCCUUCAGAUUAAUGGGUUCUUUUGUUGUAGGAAAACAUAGCUGGCCUUCAGCAUUGAUUGGUUUGUAAAUAUUCUAUGUCUUUUGACACAUGUUAAUGACAAAGUAUUGGAUUUUGUGGAAUAAGCUGUAGGAUUUUUUUCUGUUGGUGUCCAGUCUGGAGCCACUGAUUAUCUGUGAGGCCUUUUUGCUAGCUCUCAUGGUUUGAAUGAGGCCUCACAUUACCAAUGGCGAAAAACAAAGGAGUCAUAAAACUGCUAGGAACUGUCCUGAAGAGUAGUCCCACCACUGCCCAGCCCUGGGCCUUGGGGACCUCCCUGGGGAUGUGGUGGGACAGAGGCUAAGCUGUGGGGAGCUGGAGCCAGAUCCUGCUAUGGCCUCACUGGGGCUGACAGCUGCAGGGCUGACGUGGGGGCCUGGGCAGGGCGAAUGGGAGCCCUGGGUUGUUGCAGAGGGUCAGGAAGGACUGUGAGUGCUGUCAGGAUGCUGGCAUUAGCUCACAGGCCUUUGUAACUCUGGAAUAUAGGUACUUAACAAUGCCUGAACUUUAAAUUCAUUACGAACUUUAAUUUGUUCACACCAUAUCUUAUCACUUUUCCAGUGUUUUUCUGGACCUUUUCUUGCCAUCCUUUUAACAACCUGGAAAGAGAGAGCCUUAUCUCUGUCAAACAUCUCACUUGUUAAUAAAUCACCUGCUCAUGGCUUAGAAACAGCAUUAUUUCAUUUCCUGACCUGACCUCUCUGCUGAGUGUGUUUGAAAUAGUUUUAUUAUUUACUGUAGCUUUUGGUUCAGCCUGUUGAAUUCCAUGUCUGCUAUCAGUAUUGUCCUUAACCUAAUGUAUGAUCUUAUUGCUGUUCUUGUUAUUCAGCUACAGAUGCAUUAGGCCUCAUGUAUACCUCACUAACAUAUGUGAUUAUUUUAUUGGCUCUCUAGAUUAGCUCCUUUUCUGUUUCUCUUCAGUUCCUCUGCUUUUGCAUAUGGCAGACAUGAACAUAAGCAAGGGCAGGCAUUACUUCACACCACCAGAAUGCUGUUGUUCUUUGUGUGUUCACACUGCCGUUAGCACUGGGGAGGCGUGUUAGUACAGUCCCAUGGCUGCAAAGCAACUGGCCUUCUGUGCUUGUAGCCUGCUAAUUAGAAGGGAAUUUUAUAAGAAUUACAAAUGCAACUGCAUUUAAAUGGUAGCUAAUAGUGAUACUGCUUCCAAAAUCCCAGUUUUAUUGCAAGACAUACUUUUGCAACUGUGGUUUUGUAUGGACUGGUUGUCUUGCACCGUCAUCUUAACACUUUGGGCAGACCUAAUAUGAGAUUAACAAGAGCAAGCCUCACAAAUUGCAGGAUGAAAUAGUAAACAAGUAGCAUGUGUUCCUUCGAGGAGCUGGUCUCUCUCCAAGAUCAGAACGGUAGCAGGACUAACGUGAUUGUGAAGCUAAGACUUGAGCAGUAAGGGAGGAUCUAGAUAUAACAUCCAGCUCAUUUUCCAUCCAAAACAGCACAGAACAGAAUGUGAACACAGCUCAUAUCUGCUGAUGUUGUCACUUCAUUUUAGGAUUCUCCUUGCAUAGGUACGAUUUCACUGAACUAUUAACUUCACUGCCCAAUAGUGUCCAAAAUUCUUACUAAAAAUGCCACAAAAUCUUUUUGUUUUUUUUCUUUUCUACAGUUACUUUACAUAGUAAAUGCAACUAGACAGCCCACUUGGUAUGAUUCAUCUUUUAUCUUGAGGUUAUAUAUACAGAAAGCUUUCCUCUUCAUCCCUCCUGCUGUAAUAACAGUGCAUAGAAGUCAAGUGGUGUUUAUUGUGAUGUUCUGUAUACUUCACAGCUGCAUGUUAGUCAUAUGUGGAAUUAACUUACUAAUGUGACAAAUCACUCCACAAAAGCGAAUGUAAGAAAAGAGCUCUUUUCUAGUUCUGUCUAAUCUGUCACACAUGCAUGCAAAGGACUUCUGCCAUAACUGGCAGGCCUAAUUUAGGAAAGAAGAAUUUGGCUGGCUUUUACUAAUGUCUGCAAUAAGUGUCUUUGUAGCUUAGAGCAUUAAUUGAAGUUGUAAGGGUCUUAGGGAUAAGUUAAACAUACAUGCAAUUGUCUUAGUGUUCAGGAAUUUUCAGUGGUUGCUUUUAAAGAAUGUCUUUCCUUCAUUAAAGUUCCAAAACUGAAAAAGGAAAGAAUGGAUUGCUAUAAAAGUUUCUAAAAUUCUGUUUCUGCAUUAAACAUCUAUUGUGAUAAAGGACUUCUCACUGAUGGUCAGAUAUGGGAGUUACAUUCAGAAUACUGUUUCUGUUAUGAUUCCCCACUGAAUUAUUCCAUCUGGUAAUAUUACUGCUUAUGAAGUGAUAACAUAUGCACGUAACAAGAUGAUUGUAAAAGCCCAGAAUGGGUAAUUUGAUUGUGCUACUAAAACAAUAGUAGUGAAGCAUUCUGGUCUGUGGUUGCCAGCAUUAAAUUACCAUGACUGUUGUAAAUCAUACAAGAGGAUUGUGGGAAAUAGAGCUUUCAGCUUUUCAUUACAAACCCUCAUUUUCUGUCCAGUGAUCUAAAAGAGAAAAGUGCACAGCCGUCUGUCUAAUAGACUGUGGUGGUGGUUUACAGACCAUUACUCCCAGUGCUCCAGGGAGAGUGGGAAGGGGCAACACGGGUGAACAAUGAAGUUUCCUGAAGAUCGCAGUGUUUCUUGCUAUAGCAGAGAACUGAGAGAACUUUAUAUAUAACUGCUGCACAAGGGGGCCCUGACAGGCUUCCAUGGUAGGGACUGUGUGUGUGUGUUACACAUGCACAAUACAGAAACCGUGUGGAAUGAGUAGGAACUUCUAGGAAAUGUGAAUAUGUUGCAAAUUAUAAAUAAUAAUGUGGUUAUUUCUGAGAUUGUGAAAAAUAUGCCUGGCAAAUGUAAAAGCUGUCAUGGACAAUUCCUUUACCAGGCCUGUUUUUCAAAAGCUUGUAACAACACAUAGCUGAAUAGUUCAUACGUGUAACAUAAGAAACAGUUGUGCCAGGCCUAUAUUAAUGCUGGAAGAAGUGCUGCUCAGUCUUACCUAACGUAUGUAAGAUACCCAUAGGUUUGAUGACUGGCAGAGGUAAGGCUGAAGGGGUAAAGAAAGAGAGAGUACUUAGUUUGAUAAAAGGAUUUGGGCCAGAAAGCUUCUUAGCCUUUCGUUUUGAGGUUAAACCAGCAGAAGAGGCAGACUGAUACAAAUUGGCUGCCGUUGCCACUGUUUUCUCAGAUUACAAUAUUCAUCUUGUUAUCACUGGGCCUUUGUUGUUCUCAAUAUGGAUGAUAAUUUGACCAGACCAAUCUAGAUUAUAGAUCCAAAUUGCCACUACUGAUGGCCUUGUGUCCUGCUAAAGCUUGAAGGGUAUCUACUACGUAAGAUGCAUUUCAGCCUUAUCUUUCCCCUACUUAAGCCUUCUCCUUCACCCUUUCUAACACUAACAAAGUAGAUUUCCCAAGGCUCAGAGGAGGCAUGUAGGCUAAAAUAGACUGGGUGCUGCUGUGUGGGCUGAGGACAAAGUGGUGAGGCACAGCUUGCAUCCCUGUGCCCUGUAAUGGCCGCGUUUGCACCCUCAAUGGAGAGCAGCUGUGGAGCUCUGUGCCAGGGCAUGGGUGGCUGGGACAGGGCUAGAUGGUCAGAGCUGAAGCUGUGCAGGCAAUUGAAUGUUGUGUAAGGAUGACGGAUGCCAAUAAUUGGGCCCAUUCCCUGGUUCUUUUCAGUUUACUAGAGUAAACAUAGUCAAAAUGUUAUAAAGGUCAUGUGUUGCUUUCGGCAUUUGUUAGCAUAAAAUUAGUUAGUCAGCACCAGAAAUAAGAUGCAUUUUAUAUGUGCUUUUCUCUGCUUUAUGAGGGUUUUUUUUCUUCUUUAUACAUGUAAAAAGCAGAAUCUAAUUCCAUCAUACUUCAACUAAUGUAUUCUGUACCCUUUACUAACUACACAUAGUUAGAGGGAAAUAAGUGUUAAUUUAGAAAUGAGGUUUUAAUACCUUCAAUUUCAAACUUUUCAUUUUCUAUUUUCAGAGUCAUUUGUUGUUAUCCAUGGAAGCAGGAUGCAGGUUCUGUGCUCCAAGUCUUAGUGCUGCUGUGGAUACUCUGCUCUUGCUCUGCAGUGACAUUGGGGGUUCAUGCUGCCUUUCAGCUGUUUCUGAAUUACUGCAACUCCUACGUUUCCCUGGCACAAGACAGAUGAAUUUGGAGCAAAAUGUAGGAGCAGUAUUCUCAGCAAGAGGAUUUCUUAUAUCAGUGCUGGGAUGGCUGGAGAAGGCCGCAUUUUGCAGUUGAGCUGAGGGACGUGUGAAGCAUCAUCCACCCCCUGCUGACAUUUGAGAAUUAGAGGUAUGGAUCUUCGGCAUCUGCUGUUUACUUUGGCACUGGUGUGUGCAAAUGACUCACUUUCUGCAAGUGAUGAUCUUCUGCAGUGGCCACAAAUCAGCAAGUGCAGGUCACCUGAGCUGGAGACAUUUUCGUGUUAUUGGACUGAUGGAAACCUCACUACUUCAGGAACAAUACAACUGUUGUAUAUGAAAAGGAGUGAUGAAGACUGGAAAGAAUGUCCGGAUUAUAUCACUGCAGGAGAAAAUAGCUGUUACUUCAACACAUCCUACACCUCGAUUUGGAUACCAUAUUGUGUUAAGCUUGCCAAUAAAGAUGAAGUAUUUGACGAAAAGUGUUUCAGUGUUGAUGAAAUAGUACUACCUGAUCCCCCUGUGCACCUUAACUGGACUCUGCUAAAUACUAGUCAAACUGGGAUCCAUGGGGAUAUUCAAGUACGAUGGGAUCCACCACCAACAGCAGAUGUUCAGAAAGGAUGGAUUACUCUGGAGUAUGAAUUGCAGUACAAAGAAGUUAAUGAGACAAAAUGGAAGGAGUUAGAACCCAGGCUCUCAACAGUGGUUCCACUGUAUUCUCUGAAGAUGGGAAGAGAUUAUGAGAUCCGAGUCCGAUCAAGACAACGUACCUCCGAAAAGUUUGGGGAGUUCAGUGAAAUCCUCUAUGUUUCCUUUACUCAAGCAGGCAUUGAAUUUGUUCAUUGUGCUGAAGAAAUCGAGUUUCCCUGGUUCUUAGUUGUUGUCUUCGGAGUGUGUGGGCUGGCCGUAACAGCGAUCUUAAUCCUGUUGUCUAAACAGCCAAGGUUAAAAAUGCUGAUUUUUCCUCCUGUGCCAGUUCCAAAGAUUAAAGGGAUUGACCCAGAUCUCUUAAAGAAAGGAAAGCUAGAUGAAGUGAACUCCAUCUUAGCCAGCCAUGACAACUACAAGACACAGCUAUACAAUGAUGACUUGUGGGUUGAGUUUAUUGAAUUGGACAUAGAUGACUCCGAUGAAAAGAACAGAGUCUCAGAUACUGACAGGCUCCUGAGUGACGAUCAUCUGAAGUCACACAGUUGCUUGGGAGCCAAGGAUGAUGAUUCUGGACGUGCCAGUUGUUAUGAACCAGAUAUUCCAGAGACAGACUUCAGUGCAAGCGACACAUGUGAUGCCAUCUCUGAUAUUGAUCAGUUCAAGAAGGUAACUGAAAAAGAAGAGGAUCUCUUGUGCCUUCAUAGGAAAGAUGAUGUUGAGGCACUUCAAAGUCUUGCCAACACAGAUACCCAACAGCCGCAUACUAGUACUCAGUCUGAAAGCAGAGAGUCAUGGCCACCUUUUGCAGACAGCACUGACUCAGCUAAUCCAUCAGUCCAAACUCAGCUAAGUAACCAGAAUUCCCUGACAAACACUGACUUCUAUGCUCAAGUGAGUGAUAUUACUCCUGCUGGAAGUGUUGUACUUUCUCCAGGGCAGAAAUCCAAGGUGGGAAGAGCACAGUGUGAAAGCUGCACAGAACAAAACUUCACCAUGGACAAUGCCUAUUUCUGUGAGGCAGAUGUGAAAAAAUGUAUUGCUGUGAUUUCACAGGAAGAGGAUGAGCCGCGUGUUCAGGAGCAAAGCUGUAACGAGGACACUUACUUCACCACAGAAAGCCUUACCACUACCGGUAUCAAUCUUGGAGCUUCAAUGGCAGAAACCCCAAGUAUGGAAAUGCCUGUCCCAGACUACACUUCUAUUCAUAUUGUUCACUCUCCACAAGGCCUUGUGCUCAAUGCAACUGCACUGCCUGUGCCAGAGAAAGAAUUUAACAUGUCUUGUGGCUAUGUGAGCACAGACCAGCUGAACAAAAUCAUGCCGUAGCAAUUCUUUGACUAGAUGUUUGCAGUAUUUCACAGCAGAGUCAGCUUGGGCUUGUGUGCUGAAACCAAAAUGAAGUCUAAACGUUUGUCGUGGUUCUUACAAGUUUAUCUCGAUUGUUGAAACAUAAAAUAUUCAUCAAAAUAUUCCUCUUGUUCUGUAAAUAUUAUCUAUGAAUUUGUCUUGAGACUGCUUAACUAGCUGUGACUGUCUUGUUCUUGUGGGUGUUGAUUUUUGUGAUACUAAACAUUGAAAUGACUAUGUUUAAUGUACAGUAAAUCAUGCUUUUUGAUAAAGCUAUAGAUAAGGUGGUCUAAAAUCUGAGAACUUAGUAAAAAUCAUGCAGUUGACGGAGAUCUUUCUAUCAGUAAUUGGGAACUGAGCAUGAAAGUGAAAAAAAAAACACAAAAAUAGUUUGAAUAAAAUAUCUAUUUUGAUCUAUAUAAAUUAAUAAAAUAUAUUUUAAUAUUUUAGUCACAAAAGCUUAGAUGUUUUAUAUUACACUACAUGAUGUAGUUUAAUUAUGAUGGCCCAUCCAAGGAAUGUAAGCGCUGCAGUCUUGAAAAGGAGUUUUCUGUUUUAUAAGAGUUUUGUUUGCAGCAAAAAUUAAAAACAGAUUUUACAGAGCCAUUUUAUACCUCCAAAGAAAUCUGUCGAGAAAUUUUGAAAUAUUUUAGGAACUUAGAGUAAUCGAUCCUGUUGCUUUCUUAUGGUAACUAAUAUAGAAGUAGACAUGAAAUUUAAAGUUUUGUAGAAAACUUUAAACUAUACAAAAUAUUUGGACAAAAAUUUCUGUUCUUCAUCAAAUUCUGGUUAAUGAUAAUAUACUUUUUUAAAGCAAGGUUUCAAUGACCACAGUAUUAAGUAGUAUGGAAGUACACUUUCAUUGAAAAUUUUUGAAAACACAUGAAUAAGCUCUGGUGAUUUAGCAGCAUAAUCUUUUCGUAUUUGACCAACUUCUGAAGCCCUCCAAUGGACAAGCUACCACUACAGUUAUUAGACAGUGACACAUGAAAUAUUGAUUAAGAAAAUAAGGACUUCAGGAUUUGGCCAGCAGUUGAUUUUUUAAGCUACAAAUAGAUUUAAAGGCUUCAAUGAAACACAGGAAUUGAAUACGGUGUUGUUAAAAAGGAUUUUUCCUCUUUGCCUAACAGCAUCUCCUCUGACUGAGCUAGGCAGACUUCUUAGGAAAGAAAGGAGGUGAGAAAACCAAAACCAAGUGGGAAAGUUCUCUUUAUUCUUAAGUAUAUAAAGAACUUGACAGAGCUUUGCAAUGAGUUUUUAUUGCUUCAGAAGUUACCUUAUUAGGCUAUAGCUGCAUCAUAUCAGGGUUCUUCUGAUAAAGCAAAUGGGGAUGUUCAUUGCCUUUCUCUGACGUGAACAGAAGUGCAUGACGUGCAGUGAAUGCAGAUCUUGCUCAUGAUGUCUCCCACUGAACUCACUGAUGCUCUCUUUGUGACCAAGGGCUACAGGACUGAGCCCAAACAUUGGGUGGGAUUUUUACGUUCAGAACGUACUCUAUGGUAAAUGUGCAUUAGGUAUUCUGCUAAUUUGCUGCUAUAUUUUUCUAACAGCUACAUUAUUUAGUUACAUAUAAAAUUUCAUAGAUGAUAGACACUAAUGCAAGUAAAGCCUAUGUUUGUUUGGAAAAAGUUUCUUACUCUGUUUCUAUUGCCAAAAAUAGUUAAAUACCUCAAUCAAACUCAGAAUGUCAUUUUGGUACUUUACUGGUCACACAAGCCAUUAUUCGCCGGUCAGAAGAUGUGUCUUUCAGUUUCUAUUUAACUUUCCUUAUGUCAGUGUUUUGUUUGUUUUCCUCGAAGUUUAAUAAAUGUAUUGUCUUUGA